GAGAAGAUCGAAAAGGCAAUAUAUUUGAAAGUUACAAUCAUUGUGUUACAUCUCUACAGCGCACAAAUGGGGCGUGUUUGCGCGCGGUCUCGUCGAACUGCACACCUCAUCUCGUGCACCCUCUCCAUCCACACCUGUGCCAUCCCGUUUACACUCCCCACGCUCGCUCUUGAUGCACGCCCAUGUCCGGAGCCAUGCGUGCCAGUCGCUGACCGCCCUGGGCAUGUCGAGGUUAUGGCGUGCGUCACAGAGCGGGCGGUCUACAUACAAGUUUCGCGUGCUGGUCCACAUCUGGGCGGAAGGCACACAGCAUGGGGAACGUCCCAUGCCGGAAGUCGAGCGUGUGCUCGCCGAGGUCGAGGAGCGGCGGCAGAGUUAUGCCUCAGAGGGGUCGUGCCAGUGGAGGCCGAGGCGCUGCAGGGCGGGUCGGAUUCGGAAGGGCGUGGGCGGCGAAGGGCGAAGGAGCGUAACUUGUGCAUGAGUCGGCCGUACUCCUGCGUGCACGCUUUUUGCGCGACACGCUUCAUCUCGACGUUGAUAGGGUCUGUGCCUUUCUUGCGCCCUUUGUCAAUCUUGCCUUUGUUCGCCCAGCCAGGGAGACGGCACAGCCGAGCUCGGCCUCUAUGCCAAUCAGGGGAGCAAGUGAGACUGCCGCUGCACGAGCACGAGCGCGCGCGUCUUCGAGGUGCCCAGAGCGUGCAUUUCCUCGGAGCGGAGGGACUUGCGCAGCACCGCGAGCCCGUCUGUGACCCGCGAGAAGGGGAUGUGCUGAGCUAUCGCUCCUGUGCCCGAUCUUCCACUUCCGUGUUGCCCUCACUUUCCCGUCGCAUGUGGAGUGUACUCACCGCACGAUGUUGAAUGUUGAACGUUGUCGAUGAACGUCGAUGAACGUCGACGUGGAGCCUGUGAGUUACGGUUGCAGUGCUAACACUUAGCGGUAAUUUCCCUGCCAUGCCCCGAUUCCUCCGUCUCUGCCACCCUCGCAUCCCCGUUGUGUUUGGCGCAGCUUGCUAUUCGCAGUGUCGGGCUUGAACGUCGAGCUGUAGAGUGGGUGGAAUGGUCCGACGGCGGCUGGGGCGGCUGAGUGAGACGAUGUGGAUGCGGUGAGUCACGACUCGGAGGCGCAGGUCGCGG